AUGGCAGAUAUCAUGCGCCCGGUAAAAGGUGUUACAAUCAAGGAAGCGAUCGCGGAUCGAUUUUUAUUUCAGUUCUCACAUCAUCUGGACAUGGAAGCGGCGCUAAAAGGAUGUCCCUGGACCUAUGAUAAUCAUCUGCUGAUACUGGAGAAAGUGCAAAUCGGGGUUCAGCUUGAGAAUAUUUCGCUAUCUCAUGUUGAGUUCUGGGUGCAGGUGCAUAACCUUCCUGCAGGUAUGAUGUUAGAAAAAGUGGGAAGGACCUUGGCAAAUUUUAUUGGCUCUUUUGUAGAGUACGACAAGAACAACAAUACUAGCUUUUGGCGACAAUAUAUGCGUAUUCGAGUAAGGAUCGAUGUUCGUCAACCUCUGAAAAAAAGUACUAGAGUGAAAAAUAGAGGUGGAGAUUGGUGCAUUGUGAACUUCAAAUAUGAGAAACUCAGUUUGUUCUGUUUUGUGUGUGGAAGACUGGGUCACUCAGAGCAGCGGUGUGAGGUGCGUUUUGCGAUGUCAGAGGACGAUGGCAUGCGAGAAUGGUCGAACGAUAUUCGUGCUGACACUCGUAGGUACGGAGGAGCUGGCAAAUAA